UCUCUUUAUUUCUUUCUAUUAUCGCUCCUAAACCCUUAUCAAAUUAGAAUCUGCAUUUCUCCUCCGCUUGUUCUUCUUCUGUUUUUGAAACCUUACUACGAUUUGACAUCAAACAGUUUCAUUUUCCCUGACUGAAAGUGUUGGCCGACUUUUACUGGCAAGAGAAUGGGACGUAAUUCGUCCAACCAUUCCGAGUCUCCAGUUAGGAGGCGAGGGUCUCCUCAUAGGAGGAGUCCAUCUUACAGAGAAAGAUCACCUGGACGACCCAAGAGUUCGCAUAAAGGAAGCUCCCCUACAAGAGAAAAGUCUCCUCGACACAGGAGGUCUCACAGGGAUCAUUCUCUGGAAAGGGAGAAACGUUCUGGCCUUACUAAGUCUCCAAAACAUCCAAGUUCACGGUCUCCUUCUCCCAGGACAAAGAGGCUGAGGAGAGCACAGGAUGAAAAUGAGGUUGAGAAAGUGAAGGAGAGGGAGCAUGAGAGAAAUCAUAGCAGGGGUAGUGAGAAGAGUACCUGUAAGGAUAAAACUUCAGGGAAGGAAAGGACAUCUGAGAGGGAAAGGGGUUUGGAGAAAGAAAUGGUGAGUGACAGAAAGGAUAGACGGUUGGGAAGAGAUGAUAUGGAUAGCAAGUCUAGCAGAGGAAGACAUGAGCGGUCUGUUUCUCCAUCCGAUGACCACCACAGAAGCAGGCAUAGAUCUCACUCACUUGCAUCAAAUUCAAGAGCUCCGGAUGAGGUGACUAGCUCAAGAGGUGCUGAAAAUCGCAGGGAUGAUGAAGAUGAUUCUGUCGCUAAGAUGAAGGAAGCUGAGGAAGUCUUGGAAGCAAAACAAAAGCAAAAACCUACAUUUGAGCUAUCAGGAAAGCUUGCAGCAGAAACCAACAGAGUUAGAGGUGUGACUCUGCUAUUCAAUGAACCACCUGAUGCUCGAAAACCUAAUAUAAGAUGGCGCCUCUAUGUUUUCAAAGCCGGUGAAGUACUCAAUGAGCCCCUUUAUAUACAUCGCCAGAGCUGUUACCUUUUCGGGAGGGAAAGGCGGGUAGCGGAUGUACCCACAGACCAUCCAUCCUGUAGCAAGCAACAUGCUGUCAUUCAAUUCCGGCAAGUAGAGAAAGAGCAACCUGAUGGUACAAUAACCAAGGAAGUAAAGCCUUAUAUAAUGGACCUUGGAAGCACUAACAAAACUUUCAUUAAUGACAAUCCAAUCGAACCCCAACGUUAUUAUGAACUUUUUGAGAAAGACACCAUUAAAUUUGGUAACAGUAGCCGAGAGUAUGUUCUACUGCAUGAGAACUCCAACCAGUGAGACGUACAGUUAGACGACCACCAAAACUGUCUCAUCAGCAUGCUCUCACAGAAUACAAAGAACGAUAUCGAUGUAUUUGGUUUUCUGCAUUCGAGAAUGAAGAGGUUUCUUGUAGAACUUAGAUGGUUGAGUUGGAUCUAGUUCGAACUCGUGUAUGCCAAUGUUCUCUUCAAAGUAGCCAUUGUUGUUUGUGCUUUUUUAAUGGU